AUGGCCAAAGACCCAAAGUCUUCCUUACAUUUACAAUAUGAUGAAGAAAUCUUGGAGUAUUGUAUAAUCUCAAGAAAUGGCAUUAGAAGAAGUCUUGUUGAUGGUAAGAAGAUAUUUAAUGUCAAAGAUUUUGGAGCUAAGGGAGAUGGAAGCUUUGAUGAUACUCAGGCAUUUAAGAAAGCGUGGAAAAAAGCUUGCGCAUCCACAACUGCUGUAUUUAUGGUGCCAAGCAAAAAGACUUAUCUUCUGAAGCCAAUUGCCUUUUCAGGCCCAUGCACUUCUUCUACAACUGUAAAGAUUUAUGGAAGUAUCUUAGCAUCCAAAAAUCGAUCAGAUUACCAAAAAAGUACGAGGCGUUGGUUAGUAUUCGAAGAAAUAAACAACUUAUACGUUGAAGGCGGCGGUAAAAUUGAUGGUAACGGCAUGAUUUGGUGGAAGAACUCUUGUAAAAUUAAUAAAACUGAACCUUGCAAGCAUGCACCAACAGCUCUAGAAUUCUCCAAAUGUAAAAAUUUGGUAGUGAGAAACUUGCAUAUACAAAAUGCGCAACAAAUGCAUGUAAAUUUUAAUAGUUGUAACUUUGUUAAAGCUUCUAAUCUUAAAGUGACGUCUCCUGAAGAUAGUCCUAAUACUGAUGGCAUACACAUUACAAACACCCAAAAUAUUAAUGUUACAAACUCAACCAUUGGGGCAGGCGAUGAUUGCAUUUCUAUUGAGAAUGGAUCACAUAAAGUUCGAGCUACAAACAUCACUUGUGGACCAGGUCAUGGUAUCAGUAUCGGAAGCCUGGGUGACAAUAAUUCUAAGGCUCAUGUUUCAAAUAUAACAGUGGAUGGAGCUACGCUUACUAAAACAACUAAUGGACUAAGAAUUAAGACUUGGCAGGGAGGAUCAGGAGUUGCAAGUAACAUCAUAUUCAAAAACAUAAAAUUGUACAAUGUUGACAACCCAAUAAUUAUUGACCAAAACUACUGUGACCAAGAUAAACCAUGCAAAAAGAAGAAAUCAGCAGUACAAGUCAAACAUGUGGUGUACGAAAACAUAAGAGGAACAAGCUCAUCAAAGAAAGCUGUUAUAUUUGAUUGUAGUGUAAAUCAUCCAUGUCUAGACAUUACCAUGAAAAAUGUUAAGAUUAAUAGUGUUGAAGGUACCAAAACUGCUGAAGCUACUUGCAAUAAUGUCCAAUUGAACAAGGUCAUCGACGUUUCGCCAAAAUGCUAAGCUACACGAAGAUCGGUACUUGUAAAUUUACUACUAAUAAUGAUAUUUCUUCGACAAUAUUCUGUUAUUAUUGAUAAUUUUACAUAAACAAAUUAAGGUAGUGUUAAUUAGAUGGAAAUGAAAAAAUCUAGUAAUAAUAGUCUAACAUUGUUUUAAGAAAGUUAAUAUAUAAGGUUGUAGCUAAUUGUAACAAGUUGAUGUUCCAUUACAUAUGUAUAUACCUUUAUUUGAUUGGAAUAAUGGUUAUUAUUGUUGUUUCUCUUGAUGUUGAAUUCUCUGUUUCUCAUAUGAUGAAGUUGGGGACUUGGGAGAUUUUUAUCUCAGUGUUAGUUAGAUCUAAAACCCUUAGCUUGUUGCUAGUUAUGCACAUGCUCAUCUCUGGACAAGUUGUUGUUCUUAGUUCCACC